UUUGAAGGUAGGCGUUAACGUGUUAAACAACAUCCUGUUGAAGAGCGAGUGGUGGUCUACACCUCUGCAGCGCUCAGCAACUACCAGACUAUCAGCAAUAAGUCAGUUGUCAUGGAAACAUGUCACCUUGAGGCGGAGCGACGGAAAACGGCGUCCAGAGGAAGAGUAAAUGUGUGAGAGCUCUGGUUUCAGCAGAACUCACUUCAGGAGACCGUCGCUGAAAUCCUGACAGACAGAAGGACGACUGACCAGCUCAGCAGACUUUUGGUGCAAAUCAGACAGAAGAAGCCCACAAAUGCGUAAUUUGGACAGAGGAAAGGGGCUUUGCUGAAUGCAAAGGUUUGGAAGUAAAAGCCGGCUGAGUGAGCGGUCUGCCAGGAAGACGGAGCAGCAGGAAGCAUGCAGGGUUUCAGCCGCCGAGAGAAGAUGUUGCUGCAUGUCUGCUUCAUGGUCUCAGCUUUCUGUGGUGGUUUUCCAGCUGCCACGGCCGAGUUCUCCCUGCAGCAGCCUGCGGUGGUCGCCGGCCCGCUGGGCCAGGACGUCCUGCUGCCCUGCCAGCUGCUGGACUCCCAGCAUGAGAAGCUCCUCAACCAGCCCGUCCUGUACUGGGAGGUCGACGGGAAACAGCUCCCGUUUAACGAGAACAAAACCUCCUCCAGUUCCAACAAAUCCAUCGAGCUGAAGGAGGUGCGGUGGUCCGACGGCGGGACGUACGAGUGCAAACUGUCCAUCAGAACCAACAAGAGAGGAAGCUUCAGGCUGAAGGGGAACAAAACCAGGCUCAUCGUCCACGACGCCAUGACCUUUAACCUCUCCAGCCAGAACGACUCCCUGCUGCGCUGUGAGGUCACCGUGUCGCAGGAUCCGGGUUUGGCUCUGACGCUGAGCAGAGACGGCUGCGUCGUGCAGAGCUCCGCCCCCCCAGAGCGCCGCGCCGCCAACGGCACCAUCACUCUGUCUGCCACCGUCGCUCUGAGCGGCAGCGGCCAAUAUGGCUGCCAGCUGAGGCUGCAGGACGUCCUGAUAACCAGCAGCAGCUUCCACACGCAGCAGAUGAGCGGCGCCGGUACUCGGAGCCGUGGUUCCUCUACGCGGGCCUCCUGCUGGUACCGGCCCUGGUCCUGCUGGCCGUGGUGGCGGCCAUGUUGCUGUGCAGAUGAGCUCUCCGGUCCUCCAGGUGGGCCGGUUCUACUGGACGCCACGCAGCUCUUCAGGUGGGAUCCACAUCCCCUCGUUUCCAUGGCAACCGGGACCGCAGGAUCAGAACCGUUCUGGAUGUGAACCCCGGCCCACUCGUCUCGGUUCCUGUUCUUCUGAACUCACUUCUGGUUUCUGCGAAACUGUUAGAUUAAAACUGACAUUAUGAACUUCAAACGUUUCAAACGUUCUGGUUGGUUUCACGGUGAUGUUCAUUUUUUUAUUGAAUUAAUUUUUGUUUUAAGCAAAAAUCAUUUUUAUAUUUUUAAAUUUUGUGUAUUUGUUAUCUUCGUUUAUUGAAUAUCUUUGUGAUUUUUUCUUGAAUUGUGCUGCACAGUCAAAGUUUUAGCUACUGGAGCUUCAGUCUUCAGUUUUCCAGCCCCACAGCAUGAUACUGCCACCUCCAUGAGUCCCACUUUCGUUCUUUCAUAAGUUUUUCUGUUGUUGUGGUGAAUCAGCCCCAUUUCUGUCUCGUCUGACAGAAAUAUUUUGGUUUAUGUGAUAAAGAAAAAAUGUGUGUGUUCAUAAGCCUGUCACUAUUAUACAUUUUGCUGAGCAAUAAAUUAUCUCAAAAUUA